AUGCCUGUCGAUAAGGAAAACCGGGUGGUCGACACAGACAACAUUCAGGGCAGCAUCUGGCCCCGUCUGCCCAAAUACUAUGAAUCCUACCUCUUUUUCAAGAUCACAAAGAAAGAAAGGUUCAGGAAAUAUCUCCGAGUCCUGGUCGACAAGAGGGAAAUUACCACUGGCACUGAAUGUGAGGACCACUUGAAUGCAGUCAAAGAGUUCGAAGAAGCCUGUGCGUAUUCUCGACGAGAUGUGCCUGAAUCCCAGCGAGAGGCCUUUACAGCUGUGAAUGUCGCCUUCACCCACAUGGGCCUGCUCAAGGUUGAGGACCCCAACAUCGGACCGAAUUUUGCCAGGAUCCUAGAUGAUGAUCCAGACGCUUAUUGCAAAGAUCGCAUCAAUGAGGGACUUUUCGAGAAGGGCAUGUUCGAUGACCUCGUCUAUGAAGGUGCUGAUAAUCCUCCGGCGUUGCAUCCCGAUUUCAGAGCUCCCCCUGGAAACGAAAAGAAAGACGGGCUUGAACGUUGGGAAUGGAGAGUGGAUGGUGUGUUCAUUGUCGCUGCCCACACUGCUAGAGCUCUGCGCAACAAGAUUGCGGAUGUGGAGGAUUAUUUCCAUGUCGGUGAUGCGAACUCGACCAGUAUGAAGAUUGCUUUCAGAAAGGAUGGUCAGCUUCGUCCGGGUGCGGACCGUGGAAAGGAACACUUCGGAUACGAAGAUCACAUCUCUCAGCCUAAGAUCAAGGGCUUGGAUGAUCCCCCGGCCCAGGGUGAGCCCCAUGCCUGUCCUCCAGGAUACAUCUUCCUCGGACACGAGGGUGAUCCCAACAAGAGGAGAGGCCCUGCAUGGGCCAAGGAGGGCAGUUUUCUUGUUUUCCGUCAGCUCGACCAAAAGGUUCCAGAGUUCAACACUUUCCUUCAGGAAGCGGCACCAUCAAUCCCGGGUAGCAAUUACAGGGGAGAGGAUGGCCCUGAGAAGCUGGGUGCCCAUCUGAUGGGACGAUGGAAGAGCGGUGCUGCCGAACACCCCGAGGCCAUCGAUCGCGACGUGCCAGAACUGGCCUUCUCCAACAAAUUCGACUUCCGACCCAAGAAGAGCAUCAAGGGUUGUCCGUUCGCGGCACACAUCCGCAAGAUGCGUCCCAGAGCCGACAAAAAGCAGGACAUCGGGGGCGAAGACGAUGCAGACAACGAACCCAUCCCCGAUCUAGCUCUAGAAGCUAAUGCCAUUGUUGCCGAGGGACAACACGAGGACGCCAGUGUCAUAUUGCGUCGUGGAAUCACCUUCGGACCCGAACUCACAGACGAAGAAAGGGAGCAGAACAGGACGAUCGAGGAGCGUGGUAUCUACUUUACUUGCUACCAGAGUUUGAUCCGAGAUGGAUUCAACUUCCUCAUGACUCGCUGGGCAAGCAACGCCUCCUUCCCCGAAUACAAGACCAAGACUUACCCCGACGGUCCGGGUAUGGACCCCUUCAUCAACCAGAGACUUCAUUCCGCCCAUCCCGACGGACACAUCAGUUUGUAUGAUGGAGAGAACCCAGACAGAACUGUCAAGCUUAAUCUUGGUGUGAGUCCGUGGGUCAAGCAGAGGGGUGGUGAAUACUUCUUCACUCCGUCUAUCAAAGCUCUGAGGGAGCAGUUUUCAAGUGAUUAA